UUCCGUGAAUGUUUUGGAAUUUUAUGGUAUUUAUGUUGUCAUCAUUACCAAAUAGAUCACGAACAAACUGGCCUAGUUGUCUAGCUAUGUUCACUGUAGAUUUUACUUUCAUUUUAACGUAAAUAUGGCGCAGUUACUCCUUUUUUAAGGCUGUUCUGUGAUGUUCUGUGUUAGUCGUCACAGUCGUUGCUUAGCUGGCUCGCUAGCUACAGAGGCUAAUGUUUGCAGGCGAAAGUUGGCUAGCUAGCUGGCUGGGGAACUGAAAGCGCAGGGGGCAUCUGCUUUUCUGCUCUUUUUGAAGAUAAUGGAGCCAACAAAGAUGAGGCUGCGGACGCGGAAGAAGGCUGGCUCGGACAAGGCCUUGCAGACGAUGACAGCAGAGGCGUCCCCCGACUCAAAGUGCCCAAUCUGCCUGGACAGAUUCAACAACAUGGCGUACCUGGACCGCUGCCUGCACAAGUUUUGCUUCCGGUGCAUCCACGAGUGGUCCAAAAACAAAGCCGAAUGCCCCCUGUGCAAGCAGGGCUUCAACUCCAUAUUCCACACAAUCAAGGCCGAGAACGACUUCAAGGAGUUCGUCCUGAGGCCGGUGGAGAACGGCUCUUUCGGGAGCCCCGGGGGCCACCGGUUCAGGUACCGCACCACGCUGACCAGGGAGAGGCAGGAGGCCCGGCGGAUAACGUCCUCGCCCCCCGACAACGGGGUCAUCUUCGAGGGGCUGGCCGGGCCCGCCCCGUCGCAGCCGGACAGGGGGGUCCGGCGCAUGAUGACCAGGCUGGCGGCGCGGAGGCGGGCGCAGAGCGAGGGCCGGACGCUGCGGGCCCUAAGGGAGCAGGAGGUGAUCAGGUUCCGGCGGGCGCUGUACCGCACGGGGGUGCGCGUGCGGAGCGUGCGGGACGGCGGCCGCUACCGGGACACCUCGGCCGAGUUCUACCGGAGGAACCCGGCGUGCCUCCACCGGCUGGUCCCCUGGCUGAAGCGGGAGCUGACGGUCCUGUACGGCGCCCACGGCUCCCUGGUCAACAUCGUGCAGCACAUCAUCAUGUCCUGGAUCACCCGCUACGACAUGGAGGACCAGGCCAUGCAGGAGGAGCUGCGACCCUUCCUGCUGGCGCGCACCGACCACUUCCUGCACGAGUUCAUCAGCUUCGCGCGAGCCCCGUUCAACAUGGAAGCGUACGACCAGCACGCCAUCUACGACUGCCCCGCCCCGUCCUCCCUGGAGGACAGCAGCUCGGACGCGUCGGUCAUCGCCAUAUCGGAGGACGAGGACGAGUUGGACCUGCGGCGGGGCCCCGUGGCGGGCGGGGCGCUGAGCCAGGCGCCGUGGGACGACGAGACCCCCGGGCCCUCGUACUCGGCGGCGGAGCAGGCGACGCCCGCGACACUGGCACUCAGCGAGUCGGAGUCCGAGAGCGGCGCGGAGGAGCGGGCGGGGCCGGGGGCCACCCCCCAGCAGGGGGCCCUGGUGAAGGCGGACCCGGCGGCGGCCAAGGACGGGGUGGACUCCUCCGGCGAGGAAGACUGCGUCAUCAUCGGCUACGUCAAGCCCAUGGUGGAACGGACGCCGGAGCUCGUCCAGCUCUCCUCGGACUCUGAGGAGUCCGUCCGCAACGAGAGCCCGGAAGCCUUCCCACAGCCCCAGCACAUCCGCUUCCCCAGCCUCAGCCCCCCCUCCUCCGCUGGCUCCAUGGGGUCCAAACCCAGGUCCCCCACCCAGGGGCAGGCUCACUCCCACCAGAGGUCAGAGGCCAAAGACGGCGAUCGCACCUCUGCGGCGCCUGGCGACGGACGCCCAUCUUCCCCCUGGGGUUCCCCGCCUCCAGACCGAUGCAGAAUCUCCGGGGAGACGGAUCCAAAAGGCGGCAGACGUCACCGGACGGACCGGUGCGACCGCAGCAAGAAGCACCGGAAACGGGACCGGUCCAGGAGAAGGCGGGAGUCCAGGAGCGGGGAGAGGCGUCCCCUGGACGGGACGCGAAAGCGGUCCAGGAGCCCCACGAUAUCCAUCCGGAGCGACAGCACGCUCUCCAGAGGCAGGGGCCGCUCCAGGUCGCGGAGCAGGGACCGGCGGCCCUCGAGAGGCGGGGCGCGAGAGGAGGGGCGAGGCCGAGACGGCGGCGGGGCCAGGCGCUCGCGCUCAGGACGCCGGGAUUCCCGCGGCCGCUACGGCCGGGAGAGGGACCAUGGCCACUGCAGGGGGCGCUAUCCCAGCAGCCCCGGGAACCCUGACCGCUGGAAGCCGUCUCGCUCGCGGAGCCGGACCCCGACGGACCCCUGCCGGAGGGACAGGGGACGAUCCAGGAGCCCCUCCACCGCCAGCUCCCGGGGGUCCCGCUCCCCCCGCGCGACAGGAUCCCGGCACGACAAGCCCGGCGGGAAGAGGAAGUACAAGACCCGGCACCUGGAGGACCCGGCCGGGGAGGACCGCUCCCCCGGGCCGCGCGCCCAGUCCUCCUCUUCCUCCGCCUCCCGAGCCAAAGAGAAAAGGCCCCACGGGGAGAAGCGCCACGGGAAGUCCCGGGGAAAGAGCAGGAGCCCCAGCGUGGAGAUCGUCUACGAGGGCCAGGCCUCGGGGGAGGGCAGGAGGCGCCACAAGAAGAGGAAGAAGCACAAAAAGAAGAGCAAGAGGAGGAAGGCCCGGGAGGCCUCGCCCAGCGUCAUCACCAUCAACAGCGACAGCGACCACAGCGCCGGCGCGCCGGCCGCUCCCCUCGACCUCCGCUGCCCGGAAAGCGCCGACGAGGCGCCCGCUGCUCCCGGUAACCCUGGCGACGAGCGGCUGCUGGAAUCCAUCCUGCAGGCCUGGGAAAAGCCGACUCAGCCCGUCGGCCAGUGCAGCGGCGCGGAUAGUUUGAAAGACGCGGCAGCUUUUACCGUGGAUGACGCAAAGCACGACCUGCCAGUCGGCAUUGGCGAACAGACUCCUGCAUCUCCCAAGGAUGAGACUAACACUUCCAGCAGCCCUAUAAUAAGCAUCGACAGCCAUUUUCUGAGUUGUUUGUGAAACCUGACAGAUAGCAAUUACGGUGGCACAGGCUAAAACUCAAAUACAUUACUCAACGCACACUUGUAUCUGUUUAUUUUCUUACACAGCCAUUAUAUACUUGAACUACCAAAUGAUCUCAUUCAAUAUUUUCAGAUGAAUGCCGGUUUACGAACCAUUCUUUAUUAUGGAAUAUGAUCAUUUUGCUGUGCUAUACUCAGGGAAAAGAUUGACAUGUAGCUACCCUGGUAGAUUUUACCACCUUUUUUGAAUGAAAACAUCUACUGCCAGUUUGAGGAACCUUAAACCUGAAAUUUAAGACAGAAACCCUAGAUGUGCAUUGCAUAUGACAAAUGCCAAGGAUUGGAGUGCAGUAGGGACUUUCUAACUGCACCUCCAGGAUUAAUUUGGUUAAAUGGGAGAAUAAGUGUUUUAAUUACUAUUAAAGAUUAAAGAUUAAAAAUA